AUGGCCUCAAGAAAAGAUCACAGGGAUGAUGAUGAUGACGAUGACGACGAUGAAGAAGUGGAUGUUUCUUGUGGAAUAUGGAAGUUCAGAACCGCCAUCUUUGGUAACUGGUUCUCCAACCUGUACGUGUUUUCUCUUUGCGUGGGGAUUGGAAGUCUCUUCACCGCCAUGGUGACGGAGAUUAUACAAGUUCAGCUGCCAUCGCUGGAACGCCAGUUCAACAUUGACAACGCCAGCGCAGGCCUCUUUGACACCGCCUUCAAGGCUGGCUAUCUGUGCACCAUACUUCUUGCUGGCCAUUUUACCAAGGUACAUAAAGCACACAUCCCUGUGGUUGUGGGGCUCUCUGGUGUAAUUCAAGGACUUCUGCUGCUGAUUCCUCCGAUUCUACAAUUUGUGGACCCCUUUAAGCUGCCUGAUGACAAGAAAGUGAACCGCCUAGCCUACAAUAUCUUGAUUGGGCUACAGUUGAUGAAGGGAAUCACUGAUAAGACACAGAAAACUGCCGAACACAAGACAGUGGUUCAGUUUGCCGGUGGGGAAAUCGAGGAGGAGGUGGAGAAC